AUGUCUACAAAAGAAGACCUCAAAGCGUUUGCGGACAAGGAUGGCCAUUUCCGAAGACAGCCGUCCAAGUUUCGUGACUGGAUCUCUAGCGAAGCCGGAGCCAGGUUCCCACCCGAGAAAGAUCGUUAUGUCCUUUACAUCAACUGGGGAUGUCCCUGGGCAAACCGCACAGCGAUUGUUCGCAUGCUCAAGGGACUCGAGAACAUCAUCGAACUAGUCGUGAUGGACUAUAUCAUGUUCGCCGAAGGCUGGGGCUACAGCGGCCGCGACGGAACAGCUGAAAAGGAUCCUUUCUACGGAUUCACCCGUCACCGCCAACUCUACGAGAAAGCAGAAGCUGGCUAUGAGGGCCGUGUUCUAGUGCCUACACUCUGGGACAAGAAGAACGAAACCAUUGUCAACAAUGAAAGUUCAGAGAUCAUCCGCAUGUUCUAUACCGAGUUCGACGACUUGCUCCCUGAAGAAUUCCAAGAGAAGAGUCACCCUGGAGGCGGAUACUAUCCUGCAUCACUGAAGGGGCAAAUUGACCAGUUCAACGAGUGGGUAUACGACACUAUCAACAACGGCGUGUAUAAGUGUGGCUUUGCCAGCUCACAGGAAGCCUAUGACAAGAACGUCGUCAUUCUAUUCGACAGCCUCGAUCGCGUGGAAGGCCAUCUUGAAAAAUCAGAUGGCCCAUUCUUGUUCGGCAAACGUGUUACCGAAGCAGAUAUCAGAUUGUACCCUUCGAUUGCGAGAUUCGAUGUUGCUUACCACACCAUCUUCAAAUGCAAUAUGAAGAUGAUCAGACACGAUUAUCCGAAUAUCGAUAAGUGGUAUCGGAAUAUCUACUAUGACGAGGGAGACGAAACUAGAGGAGGUGCGUUCAGGAAGGCGACGCACUGGGAUGCUAUAAAAUUCGGAUAUGCAGGGGCGAAAAAGAUGGAAGUGGUACCCAAAGGACCUGUGCCUGAUAUUCUACCUAAGGAUGCCUAG